AUGGAAGUACAUCAAUCACUUCCAGCACGAUAUUUGCAUAAUCCGUAUUUGGUGAAAACCGAAACAACAUUACCACAACAACAACAACAACAACAACAACAACAACAAAUUCUUCCGCCUCAGGCAGUUGUGGUAGCAGUAACUGCAACAAAUCAGCAACAAUCAACUUCAUCCGGUGUUUCCGAAUCAUGUUCCCUAUCAUCAUCAUCAUCAAUAUCAUCCAAUCAGCACACAACGACGCAUACGGUAGAUGCAACUAACAGUAACAAUAACAAUAAUAAUAACAGCAACAAUAAUAACAACAACAAUAUUGAUGAUAGUCAUAACAACAAUAAUGAAAAUAGCAACAAUACCAACAAUAACAACAAUAAUAACAAUAUUUCUAACAUACAACAACAACAGCAAUCUCGCAAUGGUACUGGUAAGUGUUGCAAAUUGUUUGGUGAAAAUAAAAUGAGUUCAGAUUUUAUAGUGGUAACAACAGAUUAUCGGUUAUACGGUCAUGACAUAAACACCGCCACUGCUACAGCAACUACCACAAAUGCUCAAGCUCCUCAUUCAUCAUCCUCUAGUAUCCAUCAAAAUGGAAGGCCAUUAACGGCUGACCGUAAACGACCAUACAAUUGCAAUAUGUGCUCAUCACGAUUUGGCUCUAAAAUGGAACUUGAAGAACAUCAAAAUUCACAUACCGGCGAGAAGCCAUUCGAAUGCAAUGUAAUUUUAUUUUUUAAACAUUUUCAUGUAAAAUAUAAAUGA